AUGAAGAUUGUUCUUGUGUUUCCUUUCUUUCUAUGUAUGAUGAGUAUUUCAGCAGCUCCUACUCCUUCUCCAUCAACAACGUCAUCAUCCAUAUGUCCUAUGGAUCUUAACUAUGUCCUAAGAAUCCAUUGGAACUCAUCUUCUUGUCAAAAUUUGAAGCCUCUAGAAUCAAACACAAGCAAUUGUUGCAUAUCACUUUUGUCUCUCUUUGGAAUAGGAUUAGCCCAACAUCUAAAAGAAACCUCACAGUUCAAUCUCCAAGACCUUCAAACUUCACUCUCAUGCAUGAAAGAUUUUCAGUCAAAGCUCAAUUCUUUAUCACUUUCAAACAACCUUGUCAACUCUUGUUUUGACCCUCUUCAAUUUGUUAUCUCACCGAACAUAUGUGCAGGUAUUGAAACGGUUCAUGAUUGGAAUCAGAAGUUGGGUCAGAACACCAAUCUGAAUACUGCCUGUAAGCCAGAUCUAACUGAUCUUUCUCAGUGUGAUGUUUGUUUAGCUGCUGGUUUACAGGUUAAGCAGAAGCUUGUUUCGAUUGAUGGUAAUUCUUCUCAUUCGUUGGAUUGUUUCUACUUUGCAAUUCUUUAUGCUGCUGGGAUUGUGAAUGAGUUUGGACCUGAAAGUAACGGUGCUGUUACUUGUACUUUUAGUUUACCUGUUUAUUCACAAAUUGGUUCUGGUUCUAAGAGUCGUCAGGGUCUUGUGUUCGGGUUAACCGGAGCUGGUGUUGCGUUGUUUGUUAUGAGUUCUCUGUUGGGUUUAUAUGUUUGGUAUGAUAGGAAACGUAUGAGGGAGAGAAAGCUUGAAACUUUUCAAUUUGACUUUGAUCCUGAGGAACAAGGCUCUAGGCGAAGGUUGAGACCGAAUACCGGGUCGAUUUGGUACAAAAUUCAGGAACUUGAGAAAGCUACUGAUAAUUUUUCAUCCAAGAAUUUCAUUGGGAGAGGUGGGUUUGGUUUGGUUUUCAAAGGAACUUUGGCUGAUGGAUCUGUUGUUGCGGUUAAGAGGGUUUUGGAAUCUGAUUUUCAAGGGGAUGCUGAGUUUUGUAAUGAAGUUGAGAUUAUUAGUAAUCUUAAGCAUAGGAAUUUGUUGCCUCUUAGAGGUUGUUGUGUGGUGGAUGAGAGUGAGAAUUAUGGUGAUAGAGGAAGUCAAAGAUAUCUUGUUUACGAUUACAUGCCGAAUGGUAACCUCGAAGAUCAUCUUUUUGUGUCGAAGGAUCCUUCGAAGCCGAACAAAUCGUUGACUUGGCCUCUAAGGAAGAACAUAAUCUUGGAUGUAGCAAAAGGGUUGGCUUAUUUGCAUUAUGGAGUUAAGCCUGCAAUUUAUCAUAGGGAUAUCAAAGCUACCAAUAUUCUACUUGAUGAAGAUAUGAGGGCAAGAGUUGCUGAUUUCGGACUUGCGAAACAAAGCAGGGAGGGCCAGUCUCAUCUCACUACUAGGGUGGCGGGGACUCACGGUUAUCUAGCGCCGGAAUACGCGCUUUAUGGUCAACUGACUGAGAAAAGUGAUGUGUAUAGCUUUGGCGUGGUUGUUUUGGAGAUAAUGUGUGGGAGGAAGGCUCUCGACUUGACUUCGUCAGGAUCGCCACGGGCGUUCUUGAUUACGGACUGGGCUUGGUCGUUAAUAAAAUCGGGGAAAAUAGACGAGGCUUUGGAUGCUUCUCUUUUGAAAGACGAAAACAAUGCUAGUUCAAAUCCUAAGAGCAUAAUGGAAAGGUUUUUACUUGUUGGAAUUCUGUGUUCUCAUGUAAUGGUCGCUUUGAGACCGACGAUUUCAGACGCUUUGAAGAUGUUGGAAGGCGAUAUCGAAGUUCCUCAAAUUCCAGACAGGCCUAUGCCUCUUGGACAUCCUUCAUUUUAUAAUAAUGAAUCCAAUGGCAACACUUUUAGCAUUUCUCCGGCGUUAAGCGGCCUCAAAUUGCCCGCGGGAGACAUGCUCAGGUCAACUAGUGAGAGAUGA